AUGACCGAAGCAACCAAUGAGGGUUGUUUGACCCCCUCAUGGAAUGUGUCCAGUGUGAGAAUCGCGUUCGCCAACUUUAUGGAAAGCGCCCCUUCGCUCUUAACCACACACGCUUCACCGGCGACGUUGCCUGCCGAGCUGAAAAAAAUAGCUGGGAGUCAGUCCUUUCGUGUUUGUCUUCAGAAUGGUGAUUAUGGGCAGUCUUACAUAAAAAAUGGCGCCCCUUGUCUUAUUAUGGGUGCAGCACCGCCUGCGGCUUCUACUGACGGCGAGUCAGCGGAUUCGAGGAAGGAGUCACGUGGCGACAGCGGUAGGUCUCUGUGGAGUGUUUUUAAGCAACCGGUGAAGAUCGAUGCCCAUUCGUUGAUUGUUUUCAAGUGUGUGUGGUUUGCAAAUCGCGUGGAGGUGACGGGUGAUGGUCCGGUGUUUUUCAACGAGUGUAUGUUUGGAGCUGCUGCACAGCGCGUUCACAGAGGUAUUUCGUCAACAGAAUCGUUUGCGAGUGUGCAUGUUUCUGCAACAAAUCUGUGCGCCUUCUCUGAAUGCGAAUUUGUACACAAUUGUGGAUCGGCAGCUGACGUUGGGGGUUCCGAAAUUCCAGUCCUUUUGGGUUCAGGGCGCGCAACACUGAAUGUACACAACAGCAGCUUCUUGGGGUCUGGAGUGGCAUCCACAGCAAUGAUGCUUACUGAUAAUGCUUCGCUUGAGGUCGAAAAUGUGAGUGUCAGCCGCUGCAGUGGCCACAGCCUCAUCGUAAGCGACACAAGUAGUGCUGUGGUAUUCCGCAGUGUCUUCUCACAGAACAGCGGCAGUAUUUGGGUUAGAAACCAGGGUAGUCUGGAGAUUCGAGACAGCAGUCUCGAGGCGGUUUAUGGAGGCAGGAGUAACCUCGUCCUCACAGAAAAGGGGCGCUGCACCUCCCAUGGUUGUACCAUAUCUGCUACGGCAACAAGCGGGUUUUCUUCUGGACGAUCCCUCGUCGUGGCUCGUGAUAAGGCGCACCUUUCACUCGACACGUGUGAAUUGUUUUGGGUAAACGAGAAGGGUCUUCCGGAGGGCCGAUGCAAGCUGCCACUCAAGGUGCCCAUUUCCGGCCACGAUCGUGAUCAACUAGACGAGCUUGGCUUAUUCCUGGUAAUGCUCAUGGAAUGCAGCGAGGGAACAUUCACGCGGUGUUUGCUCCGGCUGCCACUAGUGGAAGAAGAGGGAGGAUGGUGCGCAGCAGUUGGUGUUUUGUUGCGGAGCGUCCCUCGUGUUAACACGUUUCCGUUAUAUGCUGUGCAAAAUUCCGUUGUUUAUGAUCGCGAGUGGGGGAAACGCACACCGACUAAAGGCAAGAGUUCCGCCACAGCUGACUCGCAGUGUAUGUGGGGACUUGUACUGCCUUAUACGUCCGACUACCGACAUGCACCGGACCUUCAGCAACUGAAGUCAAUGUGGACUGAAACCAACCAUUUUUUUGAAGGAACUGGUGAGCGACUUAAAGAUAUUGCGCAGGCGGUCACAACCUACGAAGUUUAUUGCAGGGCCACCGGAAGAUCACCGUCGAUGUUCCAUGCGGAUAAUCACGAGAAUCUUCCCUCGUUUUCAACUAACUCGUACACAAAGGAAGGUGAUUUCUCGAUUGUGAAUCACCCGUCUCUUGAAAAUACUUCUCCGCCUCCUGCUUCGAUGGCGGAAAAGAAGCCAGAUCAAGAAGAAGGUACAGGAAACAAGCAAGCGCAAUCGGAAGACCACCUGAGAAGUAGCGUACGUCGCACUAACGAGGAUGGCAUCAAUAGCAGCAGCACAAGUCUGACCUCCUACGGUGAUGAUGAAGAGGAAAAUAAUGACCCAAGUAACCCGCCGACGAGACGUGGAAGCCCCGUGUCGGUGAGGGCUAAACCUAAGAACCCUUCCAACGGAGCAGCUUCUCUUCAGACCGAAGGAAAGAAACACAGUAAUAUUGUAGAUGAUGCAGAUGUGCGGCAGGAUACCGUUUUGAAGGAAAAACACCGACAAGGAAACGAAAUGUCCCCCACCGCGAAUGGUUUGGUCAGCAUGCCUCCCAUCUUUGUCCGUGCACCGGAAGAGCCGGCCGCAAAAGGUCACAGCGUGUCCGUGGCAAAUGGUCAACAGAAUAGCGAUCGCCAGAGUGGUACGCGGGGCAGUUUGCAAAUAACCAAUCUUCGCAGCUUAGAGAAGCGGGAAAGCGGCCGAAAAGGUGAGAGAAGUCCGAACUUUCUUGACGGAGGAUCAGCCCCUUCUGUUCCACGGACGCGCAACAACCCUGUAAGUAAGAAAAGGUAUAAGCAAUUCAACGGCGAGAAGGAUAUUUCCAUGCAUUCGGAUGGCCUUCUGCUGACUUGCUUCACCCCGUGUUCGGCAUCGCCACCGCGCCGAGCAUCAUCUUCAGUAGGCAUAGGCGAACUAUGCACUCAUAAGUACUACAACAAUGUCAGCAGUGCGUCAGACAUGAAGCCAUGGGAUGUGAGGACGGCCCGAGAGAUGGCGGGUAGAGGUUUUGAGUUGGGGAAGAAUGGAACUUAUAGCAAAGUGUCGAAGGGGCAGGCUGAAAGUGUUUGGGACGAAGAGGAAAACUUCAACUAUGCCAACGGAUUGUCGUAUGCGUCCACUGACAAAGAUUCCUCGUCAGUGUCUAGAAGUAGGCGAUAUAAUGCAACAGGAUCUUACAACGGAAAGACAUACAAGAGUUUCACGAGUGCCCGUGGGGGCCUUGGUUUUCAUGUGCGACGUGUCCAAAGUGGUCAUGCUGAUGAUGCAACCGCUAGGUUGUAUGAUGAGUUCUUACGCAAGUGGAAAACGACGCAACACUUUAGUGAGUUAUUAGAUGAGUUGCGGAAUGAUCAACGAAGGCGUGAGCGGCUUUCACGGGAGGCGAUGGAGAGACAGGCGGAACGACUCCAUUCAAUGGGUUUGCAAACGCGGUGCGAGCGUCAUUCCCCACAGGUGGCCGGAUCUGGCCGCAAUUAUGCCUUGCAGAGAAGAAAUGAACAGAGGUUGCGUACGAACGACGACACCACGAACGACAGCACGGCGGGACUGUGCACACCAGAGAGCGUCAGGCGUCCAGCACACGCCAAUACAACUGUUAACAGUGAAGUAGUGAAGAGAAGAGCCGAGAACGGCGGUGAAAGUAGCUGUGGAGGCAAAAGUCCUUCUGAAACAGUCACAGCAUCCGACAAAACACCUGAGACAAAACAGGCUCGCAAGGGGAAGAAGCGAGGGCAUACGAAGCGGAAGCGUAGAAAACAAAAACACUAA